UUAGCCGGUAUAGGAAUGAGCGAGCGUGGAGAUUUGAAAUUGCACGGAUUGGAAGGAAGCUCAGGUUAGGUUCGGGCACCUCCGAACGCACCGUUUUUAAAGCCACCCGUACUGAGGCCUCGAGCUCGAAGCUCCACAAAACGGAGCUGGCGCGGCAGCCAGCGGCAGAGGCGCCGGGAGCCCGCACAGCGCACCGAGCCCGGCGGAGCGCCGAGCCGCGGGUACCCGCAUCUCCAGGAUGAUAGGCGACAUCGCCACAAAUCUCUCCGCCCAGCCGCUCAGGGGGCUCCGAGGAAAACAGCAAGUUCGGGGAUCCGGGCCAGGAGCCGAGUGAGGCCGCCGCCUCGCGGGCUGCGGGCGAAAAUCUUGGACAAUGUAUACAAGUCAUGAAGACAUUGGGUAUGAUUUUGAAGAUGACCCCAAAGAGAAGAAGACACUUAAACCCCACCCAGACAUUGAUGGUGGAUGGGCUUGGAUGAUGGUCCUUUCCUCUUUCUUUGUGCACAUCCUCAUCAUGGGCUCCCAGAUGGCCCUGGGAGUCCUCAACGUGGAGUGGCUCGAGGAAUUCCAUCAGAGCCGCGGCCUGACCGCGUGGGUCAGCUCCCUCAGCAUGGGCGUCACCUUGAUCGUGGGACCCUUCAUUGGCUUGUUCAUCAAUACCUGCGGGUGCCGCCGGACAGCAAUCAUCGGAGGGCUGCUGAACUCGCUGGGCUGGGUGUUGAGUGCUUAUGCGGCAAACGUGCAUUAUCUCUUUAUUACCUUCGGACUCGCAGCUGGCUUUGGCAGCGGGAUGGCCUACCUGCCGGCCGUGGUCAUGGUGGGCAGGUACUUCCAGAAGAGGCGCGCCCUCGCCCAGGGCCUCAGCACCACGGGAACUGGGUUUGGCACAUUUCUCAUGACGGUUUUGCUCAAGUACCUGUGCGCGGAGUACGGGUGGCGGAAUGCCAUGUUCAUCCAAGGCGCCGUGUCCCUGAACCUGUGUGUCUGCGGGGCGCUCAUGAGACCUCUGUCUCCUGGGAUGGAUGGAGACGUCCCAGGAGGGAAAGAGCCACAGGUGAUCCCUGCUCACUCCACCGAAUCCGUUAGGUCCAGCGGACAACCGGGUGGAACUGAGGAAAAGGAGGGUGGCCCCGGCACCGACGACUCCCUCGGGGACGUGCCAGUCCCGGAGAAGGCCGUGCACCGAAAGGACAUGUGCGCCUUUCGGGUUCUGAAGAUGAUGAGCCAGCUGACCGUGAAAAUCAGGAAGGGCUUCCAGGAUUGGUACUCGGGCUAUUUUGGAACAGCCUCGCUCUUUACUAAUCGGAUGUUUGUCGCCUUUAUCUUCUGGGCUCUGUUUGCAUACAGCAGCUUUGUCAUCCCUUUCAUUCACCUCCCAGAAAUAGUCAAUUUGUACAAUUUAUCAGAAGAAAACGAUGUUUUCCCUCUGACGUCAAUUAUAGCAAUAGUUCACAUCUUCGGAAAAGUGAUCCUGGGCAUUGUGGCUGACCUACCUUGCAUCAGCGUCUGGAAUGUCUUCCUAAUGGCCAACUUCACCCUGGUCCUCUGUAUUUUUAUUCUGCCCUCGAUGCACACGUACGCCAGCCUGGCGGUCAUCUGUGCGCUGAUAGGAUUUUCCAGCGGUUAUUUCUCCCUGAUGCCAGUGGUGACUGAAGACUUGGUGGGGAUCGAGCACCUGGCCAACGCCUACGGCAUCAUCAUCUGUGCUAAUGGCAUCUCCGCGUUGCUGGGACCACCUUUUGCAGGCUGGAUCUACGACAUCACACAAAAAUACGAUUUUUCCUUCUACGUCUGUGGUUUACUCUACAUGGUAGGGAUACUCUUUUUACUCAUUCAACCGUGUAUUCACAUUCUAGAACAAUCCAGAAAAAAAUACAUGGAUGGUGCCAAUGCGUAGUGUCAUGUCAUGUUCCGUGUAAGAUGUCUUGCCUCCUCACGCCUACCUCACAAGGCUGCUGUGAGGCGCCUGUGACAUAUCCUGGGAAAGCACAUUGUACGUAACUGGCACUGUCAUUUGUAAAUGCCAUUGUCAUGGCUUCUUUCGGAGGCAGCCCUGCCUUUCCAUGUGGGGAGAAGCAAUGCCGGGAGAUAUGAAGGUCUACAUGCAUUUUAGAGACGACAAUGACCUUCAAAGACAGCCUAUUAAAUCACUGGUAGAGAUGCCCUUAGAAAAACCAUUCUCUCUCUAGUCCUCCUCUAAGACUAGGGUUUUGGAUACAGCUUUUAAAACAAAGACAAGGAAUUGGCGUUCCCGUCAUGGCUCAGUGGUUAACGAAUCCGACUAG